CACUGCAAAAUCUCAACUCCCAUCUUCACACACACACUCUCUCUCUCUCUCUCUCUCUCUCUCUCUCUCUCUCUCUCUCUCUCUAGUAUUUACCCUUCGGCCUUCAUCAACCGACGACAAUGGCGGUGAUGGAUUUGGUUGGUCAAAGGCCCCUGGUGAUCUUCAGCAAAAGCAAUUGUUGCAUUUGCUACUCCAUUACGCAACUUUUCUAUGGUUACGGUGCAAAUCCUGCGAUUUACGAGCUUGACCAGCUUCAAAAUGGGAAGCAACUGGAGAGGGAGCUGUUGGCAUUGGGGCGGCAGCCGAGUGUACCGGCCGUGUUCAUAGGGGGUAAGUUGGUUGGUGGUUCGAAUGAGAUCAUGAGCCUCCAAGUCAGGGGUGAGCUGAAGAGCGAACUCUUGAGGGCCACGGCUAUUCAUGUCUGGAAUUAAUGAAACGAGGGGGAUAAAUUAAUUCCAAGCUUCAAUGGAUAAUGAAUAAUCCCCAUAUAUAUUACAGUAUUAUUGCAAGAACUAUAUAUAGUAGCUGUUUUUGCUUUUAGCAGUGAUUAAAGAGAAUUGCCAUAUGAGCCUUUUUGUUAUGGGAGAGGUAAUUUGAUGAGAGUAAGUGGGUACCUCUCAGAUGUAUUUUUAUUUUUCAUUAAAUAAUAUCCUACUUAAAGUUAUUGUCGUCUCUUUUAAUUGAGUCUGGAUUUUUAUUUGUGUAU